AUCCCUCGGGUAUACAUGAAGCCCUUCCCUUCCCACCAUUUACCUCGGUUACGUCACAUUCGACGUGAGGACACACCUACAUCAGCAACGCCACCAGUUGCGCUCUUGACGCGUAGCAGCCGGCGCGUGUCACGGCGUGCAGCCGAUCUCUCACACUUUUUAUCCAUAUUCCUCUCUCAUACACACACACACACUCUUGUCUCGCUGGCGACAAAGCAGCGUCAUGGUGGUGCAUUUCUCACAUUCCUAGUUCAAUGCUUCAGGUCUCAUACACAUACAUACACAUCUGCACGGGGUUCUGUAUGUUCAACGGGCCGUUCGACUUGAAUGCCGGUGCAAAGCUAUUACUACUAGGAGAGCUCGAACUCCAAUCCGUUGCUCCAGUCGGUGAGGCCUGGGCUGCGCAAUCUCCGCGUAAUAGCACUACUACUACUAAUUCUAGGACUUGCACUUCCCCGCGCUGCACAUGGAAAUCGUAGCGCACCCACACGCCACUGCCCCACAGCCCGACGGCCCGCGCCGUUUUUUCCUCGUCUCUAAGCGACGCCAAAAAACACCUGCAUCAGCAGCCGCCGCAGCAGCCGCCGCAGAUGCCGCCGCAGAAGCCGCCAACCGGCUACUGGGGUCAACAGGAGGGACUACCCGCGCGCUGUUCCCCACGGGUGCGGAGCAGCAUUCGCCCGCGGGGCUGCUGGGGGAUGGCGCAGCAUGGGAUGUGGCGGCGGGUGCGGAGCGGAGAGAGCGCAGCGCGCGGGACCAGCAUUCGGAGCUGCGCCGGUCGCCGUGCUUAACGCCGAGCGGCGGAACGAGCAGAGCGGCAGUGGGGGAGUCAGCGCAGCAGCCCUUGCCAAGGGCGACGGCGGAAGCCUGGCCCGGGGAUGCGCGUUGCGACGACGAUGGCGCGCGGAAGAAGCGGAAGAGUUUUUGCAGCGCGGCGCCGUCCUGUCUGCCGUCGCUGCUGCAACCACGUGCGGGGAGCGCCUCGGAGUCAACGCGUCUGACGUCAGCGGCGCCGCCGCUGCCAUCUCUCCCUGCCGCCGCUGCCCGCCGCGCCGGCAUCCCUCGACCCGAUUUAUUUCGCGAGUCGUAUUCCCCAAACUCGCGAUCCCGCUCCAACCACCCGCCGCGCCCCCAACCUCCUUCCGCGCAACUCCCCGCAUCCCCCGCGCCCCUCUCGCGCGCCGCCACCGCGCAGUCGAAGCGCCACCUCGCUACCACCCCAACCACCCCCACCACCCCAAGCCAUCUUGAUCAUGGUAAUUCCGCCGCCCGCAACCCGUUCGAAUCCGCGCAACUCCCGCGGAAGCUCGUUCUCCCCCCCUUCCGCCCGCCCCAGCAGCGCUAUUGGCGGCCCUCCUCCGCCGUCGCGUCGUCGUGGGACGUCCCCCCGUUCUCCGCUAAGCGCCUGUGCCUCCCCGCGGGGAGUGGGGGGACGCGCGUUGGUGCGGCGCAUGGGGGCGCGCUGGGGGGGGGAAUGCGCGCGGGGGAGGGGGGGGGAUCUAUGGGUAGAAGUGGGGAUAUAGGGAUGGCGGACAGAUGCACGGGAUGGGAAGACAUGGGGAUGAGAACAGUGGGCAAUGGCAUGCACGAACGCAGGAGCAACCAAGAAGAGGGCUAUCCUCAUCAGCACCAGCACCAGCACCAGCAACACUGUUCCUGCUCCCACGAGCAGCAGCAGGUGCAGCAGCAUGAGUCGCCUUCAAUGCGUGGAUGUGAUGGCCUUGUUCUUGCACAGCGGCAUGGGGGCGAUCAUAGCGGCACUGCCGCAAUCAAGAUGGCACAGCACAGACCGCUGACCGGUAUCGAAUCUAACGAUGCUGCCGACCGGAGCCCUAGGGAGAUGGCACAGGCUGGGCGGUGUGGGUUGUCCUUAACGGCAAAAAGAAGAAGAGAGUAUCGGGGUGCUAGAUGGACGGAUAGCGUGGUGAGAUGGUCAUUGGAGGAGGCAAGGGGGGAAGGCAGGGUUGUGAGAGAGAGGGAUGAAAGCUGGGCAUCCGCCAGUGGUGCCUCUCCUUCUCCCUUGCCUGUGCCUUCGAAUGCUGCGUCCGCCAAUGCAGCAGCGACAGUGGCUACAGUGGCGGCCGUGGCAGCAUCAGCAGGAGCAGGUUCUCCUGCCGGUGGUGCGGCGAUGGCAGGCGGGGUGAGUGGCAGCCGCAGCAGCUGCUACAGCCGCCACUGCUGCAGCAGCAGUAGCAGGCGAAUGGGGAGUGCCGUGGGCAGCUCGUGCAGUGGCGAUGGUGGAGCCAAGUGCGCACCGGAGGCAACUGCUGCAGCGGCAGCUGCGGGAGCAACAGCAGCACCUACAUUAACGACAGGAGCACAUACAGCAACAGCAGCAGCGUUGGAGGAACGAGCAGCAGCAGCAGCAGUGGAGAGCACGUGUGGAUCGUGCAGUCAACAAUCGAGCCCUGCCUGUUUGGGUGGCCAUGGUAGCAGGCAGGGGCGUGCAGCAGCAGGGGAAGGGGUAAGGGGAGGUGAAGGGAGAGGCAGGCCUGCAACAGCAGGUGAAGCAGCAGGUGGGAGGGUCGGUGCUGGCAAGGUCCACCUGCACUCCGCCUUGCUCCUUGCGAGCGGUCAGCAGCAGCAGCAGCAACGUCUACAUGUGAAGCACCAGAACCUGCUCUUUCUGCGAUGGAAACAGUUAAUUGGAGGAGUGGAAGAGGAGGACGACGACGAGGAGUGUGGGGAUGACGACAAGCCCAUGUGGGACCCUCGGGAAUCUCCCAUGUUUGUUCUCUCUUCUGGAAGAUCCCUUUCCUCAGACUGUUUGAUCCGAGCAGCCAAGCCGUUGACCAUCGAUGGCGAGUUUGAGCAGUUCUUCUCCCAGCUGCUGCUCUGAUCCCCACUGCCUCUGCUGCCUCAGCUGCUGCUCUGAUUCACUGCCCUCCGAUCCCAGCUGCUGCUCUGAUCCCAGCUGCUGCUCUGAUCCCAGCUGCUGCUCUGAUCCCAGCUGCUGCUCUGAUCCCAGCUGUUGCUCUGAUCCCAGCUGUUGCUCUGAUCCCAGCUGCUGCUCUGAUCCCAGCUGUUGCUCUGAUUCACGGCCCUCUCAUCCCUUCUGCUCUGAUCCCAGCUGCGGCUCUCAUCCCCGGUCCUCUGACCACUGCUGCUCUUAUCCCUGCGGCUCUGAUCCCCGGUCCUUGGCACCGUGAUGCCAUUCUAGUGUGGGUGGUAUACGCAGUCAUAGGCUUCGAAGGUCAAGACAAUGAGCCUUGGUGCCACUAAUUCUCUCCAUAUUUGCUUGGAGAAGUGUCAAGGUUGUAAGAUGUUUGCAUUGCAUUGCAUGUGUCUACUAAAGCGGUUAGGCUAAAUGAUUUGCCUAAAUGAAUUGCAUAGGGGAAA